AUGGAUAAAGGCAAAGCAGUAAUGGGUACUGGUCGCAGAUGGGCCGUCGAUUUCUCAGAUCAAUCCACUGUUCCAUCUUCCCGCGACAUCCUCGAUCCUCCUGGCUUCUCUCGUGCUUCUCCGGAGCAGGAUGAUUCAGCAAACAGCCGCCAGAAGAAAGACGCUGAAGCUAAUUGGAAACUUCAGAAAGCAUGGGAAGUAGCGCAGUCUCCAUUUAAGAAUUUGAUGAUGAUGGGAUUCAUGAUGUGGAUGGCUGGAAACACAGUGCAUCUAUUUAGCAUUGGUAUUACUUUCUCUGCUCUUUGGCAGCCUCUCAGCGCCCUCCAGAGUGUUGGAAAAAUUUUUGAGCCAUUUAAGGAUAACAAGGUGGAGCUACUUAUGCCUAAAUUAGUGUUUCUUGCCCUAAACCUUGGAGGUUUAGCUUUGGGUAUCUGGAAGCUCAACACUUUGGGGCUUCUUCCAACACAUGCAUCGGAUUGGGUUUCAUCUCUUGCCCCUCCUCAGGAAGUUGAACACUCGGGAGGAGGAUUCGCUUUCCACUGA